UUUUAAAACUGAAGACUACUCCUUUGGCACCAAGUCAUGCAAACUGCUGCUCUCUUGAUAUACGCACUUCUGAACUCACAAAUUUGCUCAUUUCAGCUUUGUCGAGGGUCAACGACAUUCCUGCCAAAUCGCUAAUAUUAGUGGUACGAGCGCCCUCUGGUGGUCCGAAUGUGCAGCUACGGAGCAAUAUUUGUCGACGGCCGGGUCAACGACAUUCCUGCCAAAUCGCUAUUAUUAGUGGUACGAGCGCCCUCUGAUGGUCCGAAUGUGCAGCUACGGAGCAAUAUUUGUGGCUCGAAAUACGCAUUUAUCGUUUUAGUGACAAUAAUUGCCCCAUUAACGUUUUUGCGAACUUUGAAAAAAACGAUGGACAAGAAAGAAUCACUUCGUCCGCACAGUCUUGCACACCGUUGCUCACUGAAAUAUUGUCUUAACAUUUACUGGCGUCAUUGAUCAUGUUUGUCCACUAGAGGGAGGUAUAAAACAAAAAAACAGGCGUGUGAUUUAUGGCGUGAUGCUUUAUGGAUCAAAAAUUUGAGUUGGUAAUUUGAGUUACUUUUAAAUGUCUUAAUUUUUUUGUAAAUGCUUUUAAGUGUUGUUUGUGUUAACGACGUUGAGUUAACUUGUGUGCAUUGCCUUUCCAAAAGUAAUAUCCACUUGCCAAAAGAGACACGCCCUCCUCGCCAAUGGAGCAACGCCUCUGUUAGAACCCAGAAGACAACCCUCCUCCUUCAAGUAGCAACAUGAAGUAGUGUGAAGUCAAGGAUUUUUUUAAAAGCAUUUUGAAAGAGCAAUGGCGGAAGCUAAAAACAUUUCUCAGAUUAUUUCUCAGAUCUUCGAAGAGGUGCCAACGGCCAGGAAGAACCUGAUUGAGAACCACAGCAACCUGCAGCAAGUGGCAGACUACUGCGAAAACAACUACCUGCAGGCAGAUGAGCCAACAAAAGCUUUUGAGGAGGCCAAAGCUUUGGCCACACAGGCUUUGGCCAGUGUCACCUAUCAAAUCAACAGCGUGGCCACUCUGCUGCUCCGACUGCUUGACUCUCAGGCCAUUCAAAUCAAGAAAAUUGAGUCCUCCAUCAACCUCAUGUCACUAGCAGCUUCUAUCCACUACGAGAAGGUAGCCAGGAGAGAGAUCAGUAUCUUCACGACAUCGAAAAACAACACGCACGCCAAGCUUGUGGCUCCGCCCACUUCAGGCAGGGAGCUAGAGAGAAGCUAUCCACGAGUACCCAUAUCGUACUCCAGCUUGGACGCCAUUGGACACUGUUUCCAGGUCUCACUGGAGCCCCCCAGAAACAGGACAGGGACCACCGACAGCACGGAAAGCCAUGCAGAUGCUCCUGUCUCCAACCAAGGCAUGGCUGUGCCGAUGCCAUCAGUCCCCACCUUGCCUGCUGACGCCAACCUCACUGACGACCUCCCUCCUCCUCCACCUCAAGCUACAAUCGACACCCUUUCAUCUGCUCCUCCUCCACCCCCACCACCUCCUCCUCCUACCAUGAUGGACAUUGGCCUGCCCCCUCCACCUUCCAUGACCUCGCCAACAUGUCCGCCGCCACCUCCUUUGCCGCCACCAAACAACCUCAACUCACCCGUUUCACUUCCCCCUCCGCCACCUCUACCUGCAGAAACUGCUCCUCUUCCUUCACCGCCCCCUCCACCUCAUUUUGCAGGUGGUCCCCCACUUCCUCCUCCUCCACCACCACCACCUCCUCCUCCUACCAUGAUGGACAUUGGCUUGCCCCCUCCACCUUCGAUGACCUCGCCAACAUGUCCGCCGCCACCUCCUUUGCCGCCACCAAACAACCUCAACUCACCCGUUUCACUUCCCCCUCCACCUCCUCUACCUACAGAAACUGCUCCUCUUCCUUCACCGCCCCCUCCUCCUCAUUUUGCAGGUGGUCCCCCACUUCCUCCACCUCCUCCGCCUCUACCUUGA